AUGGCGUCAAAAGUUUUCAGACCAAGAUUAAACCUGAACCAUGUUACAUUUCAAGGGAACAACAACCAAGCUCAAUCACAUUCAUUUGGGCAAGUUUUUUUGCAUAAAAAAACUGGGGUUUCUUCAUCAAGACAAUCAGUUGUUGCUGCAGAAGCAGCAGCAAUGGCAGAGGAGACUACUGCUAAAACUGGUAAUUCAGCCUUAUCUCAUUUCUGGAGAGAGGUUCAAGGUUCAAACAACUGGGAAAAUCUAGUAGAACCAUUGCACCCUCUCCUCAGAAAAGAGAUUAUUCGAUAUGGAGAGUUCGUUGCAGCAUGUUACAAGGCCUUCGACCUCGAUCCCACUUCCAAAAGAUACUUGCAUUGCAAGUAUGGCAGAAGUAGGAUGUUAAAUGAAGUUGGCAUGGAGGAUUGUGGUUAUACAGUAACUAAAUAUAUCUACGCUACACCCGAUGUCAACAUCCCAAUGCAAAACGAGGCUUCUCGUGGUUAUUGGAUCGGAUAUGUAGCCGUGUCAUCGGAUGAAUCCACCGUUAAAAGGCUCGGGAGACGGGAUUUGCUGAUAGCAUUCCGUGGAACGGUUACGAAUCAUGAAUGGGUUACUAAUUUAAUGAGCUCACUAACGCCUGCACGCCUCGACCCCAACAAUCCAAAUCCAGAUGUGAAAGUGGAGUCUGGGUUUUUGAGCUUGUAUACAUCUGAUGAAACUAAGGGCAAAUUCGGGCUCGAAAGUUGUCGAGAGCAGCUUUUAUCUGAGGUUUCCAGGCUGUUAAACAAGCACAAAGUUGAGAAUUUGAGCAUUACAUUGGCUGGUCAUAGUAUGGGGAGUGCUUUGGCUCUUCUUCUUGCUUAUGAUAUAGCUGAGCUUGGUUUAAAUAAAACUGAUCAUGAAACAGUACCAAUUACUGUAUUUUCCUUUGGGGGACCAAGAGUGGGGAACCCAAGUUUCAAGCAAAGGUGUGAGGAAUUAGGGGUUAAAGUGAUGAGAAUAGUGAAUGUAAAUGACCCCAUUACGAAGCUUCCAGGGAUGUUUUUGAAUGAGAAUUUUAGGGUUUUGGGGGGGAGAUAUGAGUUGCCAUGGAUAAGUUGCUCUUGUUAUGCUCAUGUUGGGGUUGAGUUAGUGAUGGAUUUCUUCAAUGUUCAAAACCCUUCAUGUGUGCACGAUCUUGAAACCUAUAUCAGCUUACUCAAAUGCCCCACCAAAACAUUGCACACUCAAAAGGAGGGUUUUGAUAAUUUGUUGAAUAGGGCAAGGGAGCUAAUCUUCAGUGCACGAAGUUUGAAAUCAAUUUGCCUUUGA